GAAAAUGCUCUUUACAUUUUGCUUAAAUACAUAUUCCUCUUAUAUUUUAGCUGGGAAGUUUUAAGAUUCCUUCUGUCAAACAUAAGAUGGUGGUUGGAAGAAUAUCGCUUUGAUGGAUUUCGUUUUGAUGGUGUUACAUCCAUGCUUUAUCAUCACCAUGGAAUGGGUCAAGGUUUCUCAGGUGAUUACAGUGAAUAUUUCGGACUACAAGUAGAUGAAGAUGCCUUGACUUACCUCAUGUUGGCAAAUCAUUUGGUUCACACGCUGUAUCCAGAUUCUAUAACAAUAGCUGAGGAUGUAUCAGGAAUGCCGGCUCUCUGCUCUCCAAUUUCCCAGGGAGGGGGUGGUUUCGACUAUCGACUAGCCAUGGCAAUUCCAGAUAAGUGGAUUCAGCUACUUAAAGAGUUUAAAGAUGAAGACUGGAAUAUGGGUGACAUAGUAUACACUCUCACAAACAGGCGCUACCUUGAAAAGUGCAUUGCUUAUGCGGAGAGCCAUGAUCAGGCACUGGUUGGGGAUAAGACGGUGGCAUUUUGGUUGAUGGAUGCUGAAAUGUAUACAAACAUGAGUGUCCUGAGUCCUUUUACUCCCGUUAUUGAUCGUGGAAUACAGCUUCAUAAAAUGAUUCGACUCAUUACUCAUGGGCUUGGUGGAGAAGGCUAUCUCAAUUUCAUGGGUAAUGAAUUUGGGCAUCCUGAAUGGUUAGACUUCCCAAGAAAAGGAAAUAAUGAGAGUUACCAUUAUGCCAGACGGCAGUUUCAUUUAACUGAUGAUGACCUUCUUCGCUACAAGUUCCUCAAUAAUUUUGACAGGGAUAUGAAUAGAUUGGAAGAAAGAUGUGGUUGGCUUUCAGCUCCACAGGCCUAUGUGAGUGAAAAACAUGAAGGCAAUAAGAUCAUUGCUUUUGAAAGAGCAGGUCUUCUUUUCAUUUUCAACUUCCAUCCAAGCAAGAGCUACACUGACUACCGAGUUGGAACAGCAUUGCCAGGGAAGUUCAAAAUUGUGCUAGAUUCAGAUGCAGCGGAAUAUGGAGGGCAUCAGAGACUGGACCACAACACUGACUUUUUUUCUGAGGCUUUUGAACAUAAUGGGCGUCCCUAUUCUCUUUUGGUGUACAUUCCAAGCAGAGUGGCGCUCAUCCUUCAGAACGUGGAUCUGCCGAAUUGAAGAGGCCUGAUUUCAGCUCCACGAGAUGCAGAUUGGUGUUUUGCUUUCUUGUUAUCACUGUCACACAGCUUAUAACAUGUAGCUUUUCAGAAUACAGUUGUCUAGCCAAACCGUCAGGUAUCCAAAGUUCAAUAUUGGUUUAUGCAAAUACAGCAAACUUUUCUUUAAGUAGAUGGGAGAAUAUGUUUAAAAUAUUAGGAAUCCUAGACCAUAUUUCCAAGUCAUCUUAGCAGCUAGGAUUCUCAAAUGGAAGUGUUAUAUAUAAUAUGUUAAAAACAUUUUGCUUUCCUGGCUAAUUAUUUGAUCCUUUUAAAUUCUAAUUUGAAUCAUUUGUCAUGUAUGAUUAUUUCUGUUAAAUGUACACAGUAUUUAAGAUGGAUAUUUGGUGGCUGUAUUUGUUCUGAUAUCUUUUGGUCUAAAUUAUGAGGUACCAAGAUUGUUUCUUUGUUGUUUUUUUUUUUAAAAUUGUGUUUAGAAAUACUGUAAUAAAUAUGCAAUAGUGAUACAAAAUAAAGAAUUAUAUCCAAGAUAAUAUAAAAGCCAUUAUGUAUGAACUUAUCCAUGUCUCGUUUUGUGUGAGUUUUAUUUUGUGAUCUCUUGUCCACUAAGUAUCUUGUUAAAUGCCAUUACCUCAGUCUUUCUGAAGCCCUGAAAUGGUAAUUGUAGCGUUUCAGAAAAUGUCUUUCAUCUCAAUCAAUAAAAAGCUUUUGUAAAAUU